GGAGUGUCCGCCCUGCUCGUCCCGCUGCUGCUGCCGCGGCAGUGCAGGGUCGGUGGGGGUCAGCGAGGACAGUCUGCAGGCCCCUCUCGCCCUGUGCUCCGGCCGGGGGUGCCUCGGGGCGCACCCGGCAUCCAGCGCCCUCUCCGACAGCCUGGAGUCACUUAUCCAGCACGACAGCCUCCAGUCGCUCUCCAGCCUGUGCGUGAGCUCCUCCAGUAUCAGCGGUGAUAGCCUCGAAUCCCUCUCCAGCCUGAGCCUCGGGGGCACCAGCCAGCACAGCGAUCUCGAGUUUGUCGGCCCCUGAGACUGCUUUCAUCUCGCCUUCAUCUCUACACAGACCGCCCUCGCCGCUGGAUCCUUCCAGCUGCUCUGAGAGCUUCCACGUUUGUGCCCUUCAUUCACAAGGUGACAUUCAAGUUGAUCCUUCUUCCUGCACCCAGUGCAAUAACCUCAGACCUUAUUGUCCGUGGCUGCCAUUUCCAAAUUAAGUGCUUCAGAAGGGCAGUGUUCAUUAUUGCCUGGUUCUUUGCCAUCAGUUAAGAAUGGAAGUGCGUGUUCCUCGGAGAAAUCCCAGCUAUCUCUCUGAUCUCUAUGAGAACAUGUUAAGGGCUGAAGGAGCGGCACGACGAGGACAACAGCAGCCCCCAGCAGUCCAUACAAGUAGCAGCCUGACUUCUCAGGGCAGCACUCCAGCCAAGAGGAGCCCCCAGCCAAACCACCCUCAGAGCAGCACAUCCUCCAGCUGUGACCCAGCACUGCGGCCCAUCAUACGCCGCCGAGCCAGGUCUUUGCCCACAUCACCCGAAAGGAGAAGAGCAGUGCACUGUCAGCUUCCUGAGUGCCAGAGUCGUAUGAACCGGGUGAGGUUUGCUGAUGCUUUGGGUUUGGAGCUCACCGAGGUGAAAGUCUUCCAGACUGGCGAGGAUCCAUCCAUCCCCUUGCAUGUCCUUUCCAGGCUCUCCAUAAACUCAGACCUCUGGUACAGCAACUCAGACUUGGAGUUUACUAUGCAAUGCUUGGUCCCAGACUUCCAGCAGCCUGCAGACUGUAUGGAUUUCUCCUCCCGACUUCAGGAGCAGCAGGUGUGUCUCGAGCGGGUGACCAGCUCCGAUUUGGGGCUCAGUGGCACCAUCCAGGUUCGCAACGUGGCGUUUGAGAAGCGGGUGUCUGUGCGCUACACCUUCGACCAGUGGCAGAGCCUCCACGAAGUGUGUGCUCGCUGGCACCACAGCAUCCCCGAGAAAAACGGGCAGGAUCAGGCCGAUGUUUUCACUUUCUUUCUUCCUGUGCCUCCUUUCCUCCUCCAGCUGUGCUCUCUCGUCCAGUUUGCAGCAAGGUACCAAGUCAAUGGCCAGGAGUACUGGGAUAACAACAGAGGCCAAAACUACACCCUCACCUGUCGGACCCACCCCCUUAAGAUGCCGAGGGAGUGUCAGGAGAGCUGGAUCCACUUCAUCUGAACAAAGGAAGUGGGUGCAGAGCAGCUUGUCAGUAGUCUUGGUGGCACUCUGUUCCUUGGCAUGGCUCUCUGCUCCUAUGGCAACAGUCUUCUUGGUAAAACCUGCCAAACCUGGCAAAGUGUCCCAGGGCUGGGGAGCAGCCAGUGACCCUGACAAACUGUUCCAAACUUCUCGGAAAGCUAAAAGGGCCAAAAUCUUUAUUGAGAUACACUUGUGGAAAGCCCAUGUCAUUUCUUAUAAUGUGUGAGCAGAAUGGUUUCAAGGAAUGCUGUCAGACUACCAGAGGGUAAAGCAGCACAUUUCUGUUUCCUAGUAAUACUCUGGGUUGCACAGAAUGUUUUUACUGAUCUCAUUUUGUACUAUUUGUUUACUAAACCGCUUUACUAGUUUUGUUUCUAAUUUUGUUUGUAUUAUCUCACCAAGUCUGGGCACUAUUCCAUUUAUGCAUAAUUUGGAUGGCAGACACCGUAGGGAGUACGUGUAUUUAUAUAUAUCAUAUUAAGGCUGUAACCACGUUAAAUAUUCCCAUUAAUAUUUGGGUUGGGAAUUAAAUGUUACUACGAGCAGAACAUACAUGGAAAUAUGCCAUCAGCCCCUCUCUUUCCCUUAAAUACCCAAAAAGGUGCCUUUUCUUAUCUCCAGUGUUUGCAGCAGGAGUGAUUGUUAUUAAAAUGUGUGUAAGGCAGACCUUCCUGGGGAAAUUCUCAUCUUUUUCAGGUGGUGCCCAAAUAGGUUUUUCUCUUGUCCUUUCCUGGUGCACCUGUAUUUACUUAGGGAAAUUAGAGCAAUUUUGGACUUGUGUUGCAGUUGAAGAUCUCAAAACAUUAUAUGAAUGCUCAUGAUUUUACCAGUGUUUCUGGUAGAAUUAUAAAUCAAGAAAUGGAUAUGAGAUAGAUAUAUAGAUAUGUAUAAGGAAAAAAAUAGCACAGGGAGCAGGUUACAGAGCCUUGGAUCCUGAAUCCUGGCUCCCUGUUCCCAAGUGUCCCAGUACUACUGCAGCAGGACCUUUGAAUUCUUUAUUUAACUACUUCUCAUUAUAAAACUCCAAGACUGCAGCCUUUGCAGCACAAGCAGGAACUUCAAAGCAAAAUUAUGAUUUUACUAGUAAACUAAUACACAAAACCAUAAACAGAAUCCCUUCUGCUGCAGGGAGAGCACAGGAACACUGUUACACACCGUCUUCCCAUGAGUCUUGCACUACUACUUUCAUUCUGUGUUUUCAGUGUGGUUUAGGAUUGGCAACAGGCUUGGAUCUAUUGAGCAAAAGAUUGUCCGUAAUUGUUUUCAUAUAUAUGGACAUUGUUUUCAUAACUGCAUGGAAAGUUUAUAUGGUAGCAUGAAUUUUCAGAGCUGGCUGGCUGGAGGUAUUAGAAAAGCUGCUUUUUAGGAGUGUACUGUGACAAUCAGGCCACUUGUUUGGGCAUCUUAUUUUGGAUUGGUGCUUAUUUAUUGAAAUCACAAUUAGGUUUUAAAAUCACAAUUUUAAGGAACCCAUGACCAAUUCUAUAUUAGCCCAAAACGUCUCCUGAGUAAUUCUGGAAGUGCAGAAACCCCAAGAAAAUGAAUUUGUCUGGCAACUUAAUGUUGCUCCUUUUUGUGGUACCCAUUUAGCAAAGCUGGGAUUUCAAGUGAGGAAGCUGCCUCAUUCCAAUUAGGCUUUGGCUUUCAGAGGAGCCAAAGUCAUGAAUGAAGAUUCAUGAGCUGCUGAGCACCUCCUGCAGAGUAUUCAGAAAAUUCAGUCCUAUUUGGAACUAUUGAGUAUUGACUGUGUUGGCUGCUUUGCUGGAGCACUGUGAGGCUGAACAUUUAGGUGGAAAUUGUUUUGAAGGAGGAGGUGAGGCUGAGGUGGGAUUGUCAGAGGGGAAAGUGCUGCCUGCACCCAGUGUCCCUGGGUUAGAGCAGUGACCAUUACCAAUCUGGCAGCAACUUCUUGCCUGGAACUGUAAGUCUUGUCUUCCUCAUAUGGCACAAAAGAUGAGAACUCUGUAAGAAGGGGCAUUGUCUAAUUGUAAGGAAUUUUGCCUCCUAUGCUGGCCCUCCUGUGACUAAGUGACAAGACAGUAUAGGACAUACAAUAUCUGCACUAGUCAAUCUAUAUUCUCCCUAGAAAUGGAGAUGUUCUCCCUGCAGUUGAUUGCCUGUGGUGUGACAAACUGUAUCACCUCUGCUGAGUGUGGAGAGAACCCUGUGGGACUAGUGCUGCCAUUCUGCAGCUCAGCAUUAGUGCAGGUUGUGCCAAAUCAUGCCAGAGUGAGUAGGUGUCGAGUGAGGUGAGCUGGAACACACCUUCCCUGACUGCAGAAGAAUCUUUAGUGGCAGGAAUUGAACUUGUGUACACUUACUUAGAUGAAACUUGCUGACUUAGGGAAUUCCAUUAAAGUUUAUCCACUAUUGUUAAGUCCCUGGAGGCAAAGUUAUGUACUUGUCAGUAAAGUAAGAAGGAAGUGGACAUGCACACACACAGGAGCAGCUGUGCUGAAUAAAAGGCACUAUUUUAAAGUAUUGUUCCCCUGUCCUUUUCCCUCUCAGAUUACUGUAUUUCUUCCCUCAGCAAACCCAGCAGACCCUGAAAGUCCCUCUGGUAUUUGACAGGAGCUCAGAGCAAUCCUUGGCUUCCUGGCAGAAAGAUGCUGUUGCCAUCUUCUGGGAGAGACUGUCAUGUGCCAGCAACUGUCAAAUCUAAAUGUUAUCUCAGACAAGGACAGAUUAUAGAAAGUUGAGGCUCUCAGUAUAAAGGGUAAUGCCAGAUGUACCACAGUGCAGAGGGGUAGGAAAUGAAUGUCUCAGCAGUCUGAGUUGGGCUUGUAUUGUCUUCCUUCCGCCACCUCUCCGGGUAUUGGCAUGUGCAAAAUCUUGAAUACUAAAUACUAAAGCAUUAUUCCAAGAUUCCCUUUGCUCUCCUUGCUUGCCUUGCACUGCUGGAGAAGCACUGGCAGUAGCAGUUCCUGGCAGUCCAUCUCUCUGGCACUGCUGGCUGUCAGUGGAGCAGCUGAGCUGAGAGUGAUCUCCGGGUUAAGCUGUUAAACGUUCACACCAGUGCUGGCACCUGUCACAUCAAAGAGGAAACAGGCACUUAGGUUUUCUUGUCACAUUCAGCAGUGAGCAUCAAAAGGCUUCUGGUUAACAAAAAUGGGAUUAAGCCAUUAAGUACUGGUAAUAUGCACUUCAUGAAGGUAAACUUAUGACCACCUCUGUAUCUUCUCAGGACAACUUGACUGCUUGCACUGUGUUCAAACCAAGCACUUCCCUUAUCAUGAAGAUUUUGUACAAGUGAAUUCUUCACAAGGGUUAUUGCCAUAUAAUGCACUUUUUAAAAACGUAUUUAUUAUUGUCAUACAAUAAAUGAAUGUCUGGUAGCCCACAGUUUCAAGGUUCUUCCGAGCACGUUUUUUAAAGAAACAUAUGAAAUCCUUGUAAAUGAAAAGGGGGUUGUCUUCUGUGAUUAAAUGUCUUGUCCAGAAUAAAGUACAUUACACAGGAUAUCAAUAAAGCACAUAUGCUGGACAAAGAGUCUAGCAGUUGUAAAAUUGCAAAGUUUUUAGUUCAUUUUAAAAAGCAAUAAUAAAACUAUGGCUAUUGUAAUACAAGAGAUUGAAAUAAAAGCUUUUCACAAUUUUA